AUGGACUACGAACCUCAAGUAAUCCUUAUUACUGGUGGCGCUGGCUUUAUCGCCUCACACGUCGUUGUCCAUUUUGUGACUCAAUACCCACAAUACCGUAUAGUUGUUGUCGACAAGCUCGACUACUGUGCGUCACUCAACAAUCUUAAUAAUGUCAAAGGAUGUCCCAAUUUCAAGUUCUAUAUUGCUGAUAUCACCGAUGCCCACACUAUGCAGAAGAUUUUUGAAAUGGAGAAGGUUGACACGGUGAUGCACUUCGCUGCUCAGACACACGUCGACAACUCCUUUGGGAACUCGUUCCAAUUCACCCACAACAAUAUUAUGGGAACUCACGUUCUUCUUGAAGUCGCGAAGAACGCAAAGGUAAGAAGAUUCAUCCACGUCUCGACGGAUGAAGUCUACGGACAGGUCAUUGGAAAUGCAGCAACUGAAAACUCGUUGUUGAACCCAACGAACCCAUACUCGGCAACUAAAGCAGGCGCAGAGUUCAUUGCAAGAGCCUUUUAUCAAUCAUUUGGAUUGCCACUCAUAAUUACAAGAGGAAACAACGUGUUUGGUCCUCAUCAAUUCCCAGAAAAGCUGAUUCCCAAAUUCAUUACUUUAUUGGACAGAGGACUGAACUGCUCAAUUCAUGGAAAUGGAAACGAGAAGAGAAGCUUCAUUUAUGUUGAUGAUGUUGUCAACGCAUUUGAUUUGAUUUUGAGAAAAGGGGUCGUUGGGCAGAUCUACAACAUUGGAACAACUCGAGAAAUUUCGAACACUGAAGUGACGCACGAUUUACUCGACAUCUUUGGAGUUCCAAAGGACGAACAGGAAAGUAGAAUUUAUCACGUCGAGAAUAGAUGUUUCAAUGACCAGAGAUAUUCGCUUGAUGUUUCUAAGUUAGAGAAACUCGGGUGGAAAGCAGAGACAAAGUUUGAAGAUGGACUGAAGAAAACUGUCGAGUGGUAUCUCAAGAAUAAAAAGAAUUGGGAAAGAACCGAUGAGGCUUUAGUGCCACAUCCCAGAUUUGGCCAAGCUUCUAACUGA